AUGCCUCUAUUAAGAAGUUUGGCUUGUGGAUUCGACGGAAAGAAUAGACCUAUGAUUUGCUGUCCAUUUGGGUUUGAGAAGACAGGUGGUCUUAGUUUACUGCCAAACACAGACGUCUGCGGUAUUCAAAAUGACGACAGAAUAAUUGGAGGACACCAAACAGAUCUUGACGAACAUCCUUGGACUGUACUUCUCAAAUAUAGCCAUCCCAGAGGAUUCACUUUUAAAUGUGGAGGAGUGUUAAUAUCAUCGAGAUACGUGCUUACUGCAGCUCAUUGUGUACAAAAUUUACAAUUAUACCAAGUACGUGUUGGUGAGUUUAAUUUGGUAAACAAAACGGAUUGCGUUCAAGAUGACUGCAGCCCGGACCCUUUAGAUAUUAAUAUCGAAGAGAUAAUACCUCAUGAAGACUUCAAACCUGACAGGGAAAAACUAAAUGACAUCGCCCUAUUGAGACUGGCUCAGGAAGUAACGUUUAAUGAUUUUGUGAAACCUAUCUGCCUUCCCAUAGAUCCUACAUUAAAAAACAAUAACUUUGAAGGUUAUGAUAUGGAAGUAGCAGGGUGGGGAAAAACAGAAACAAAGUCAUCAUCGGAAAUUAAGAUGAAGCUUAGAGUAAGAGUUAGGAAUACAAAGGUUUGUAAAGAUAUUUACAGGCAAAUAGAUGAAAAGAUCAGUGAGAAUCACAUUUGUGCUGGUGGUAUAAACGGUCAGGAUUCUUGUGAGGGAGAUUCUGGAGGAGCACUUAUGGGGCGAGUCGAUGCUGAUAACAAUUGGAUGGCAAUUGGUGUAGUCUCCUUUGGACCCACACCUUGUGGCGUAGCAGGAUGGCCAGGCGUGUACACGAGAGUCACCGCUUAUAUUGACUGGAUAGUGUCCAAACUUCGACCUUAA